GCCUGCGCAAACGGCUCGCGACCGAGCCCUCUUUGUUUGUUGACAAGCGAACUCAGCACUCGACGGCAAGGCAAGCAAACCGCUGUUCGCGUGUGGAUGUCGUGCGCGACGGACGUGCGUCGCGUCUUGACUCCGAUACACUAUUACGUUAUCGCUUUCGUUGGCUAUAUUUAGUGGAUUUAUUUUGAAGAAUUUUUCCUCUUCUGCGCAAUAUUUUGGUGUUCAGUGUUGUUUUGUGGCGAGCUCUGCCCCGUCAGCGUUCAUUGUACGAAGUUUUUUCUACGUCUAAAAUUACUUAUUCACUGCUGUGCCAGAAGAGGGUGGCGGGUUUACCAAGAGAUCGCGCGGCGCGGUGGUACAGCGCGCGCGGCAGGUGACCGACGGUUUGCGCGGCUGAUGUGGGCGGCGGGCGCUUGCUGCUCGCGGCAGGCAGCUAGCAGGCACUCAUGCGUGACGGAGUGACUAACCGUGGCGGGGUGGCAGGCGAGAGCGGCGGCGGCGCCACGGCCGCGCGCACGCCACUCAAGACCUUCCAAGCGUACCUGCCGCCAGCGCACCGGACCUACAGCUGUAUACACUGCCGCGCGCACCUGGCCAGCCAUGACGAGCUUAUAUCUAAGUCGUUUCAAGGCAGCCAGGGGCGCGCGUAUCUCUUCAAUUCUGUUGUAAACGUGGGGUGCGGUCCGGCGGAGGAGCGCGUAUUGUUGACUGGGCUACACGCGGUCGCAGACAUAUACUGCGAGUGCUGCAAGACUAUGCUGGGCUGGAAAUAUGAGCACGCAUUCGAAUCGAGUCAAAAAUACAAAGAGGGCAAGUUCAUAAUCGAACUGGCACACAUGGUGAAGGAGAACGGGUGGGACUAGACGAGCGGUCCGCGGCCGCUCGCCCGCCGCGCGGCCGGCGAGGCGGACGCGGCGCGCUGCGGGCCGCGCGCUGGCCGCGUCUAGCGAGCGGGCCGCGCUCGUGACGCCGAGCUGCUAUGGCGCGACAUACCACUACAGACUUUCCAAUGCGUCAAUUACACCGCUCGCAACACGAAGCGGCACAGUGGGUGAAACAGUUGGACAGAUAUGCACCAUGAGUGUUCUUUCACGGCUAUAACUAAAGGGGCUACGCCAUCUUCUGUGUGAACGGAAAGAUGAACGCUCGACGACGGCUGGAGCCUUCGUGAUGAAGUGUCAGGCGAGACGUGUAAAGCUCGCCUUGUGUAAUUGUGCCCUCGUGUGCAAUGUGUUAUGGACGUUCUCUCCACAUCGAGGGCAAUAACGUUAGGGUACCAUCACGGAUGCAUAAAUCGGGCGGGUUCGAUAACUGUACUAUUUUUAUCAAACUAAUAUUAUUAUUGGAAGAUUGAACAUGGCCGAUUUAUUCAGCGUAUGCUCGAGUGUUUCCGCGACAACCAAAGUGAGGGUAUAGCCUUAUGUGCUAUUUACGUACUUUAGUCGGCUUCAGCGCUUGAGCACCGCCAGUCAACGCAUGUUAUUAUUGUUAUAGAUAAGGUACCGAUCUCAACCGCCCCCACUGCUGGGGCUUAUGGGCUUAGAAUUUAUACUAAUUUUAAUUUGAAACGAUUUAAUUUUGGCGCACGCUACGCGCCUAGGCGGCGGGCGUUAGUACAUCGUAAGCUCUUAGAAUUUUUUUUUAUAUUAUGUACUAUGCAAUGUACUGUAUUGAGAGAACACUAAUACUUUCUCUUGUCCCCUUUAACCUGUGAUAAGUAUGUUAGUAUAGAAUUUUUGAAUUUCUUGAACGAUAUUUUCAAGAAGUUGCUCAGAGACGUCAUAUGUAUGUUCCUAAUGAUUUCAGCUGUACAAUGCUUUUAUUUUUUAUUUUGAGGUAACUAGUCGAAACGUGAUUACGUUCUGAGGAGAUUGUUUGAAUUUUAUUUUGCGCCUGAUAUAUUCUUUUUUUUUUAGUUUAGUUUAAUUGAACAUUUCGACUGUUCCUCUCGAACUCUGGACCUCCGGUACAGUUUGAAUCGAAAUUUUAGUUGCGUAUUACUUGGGCACGCGCAUUAGUUGAUAAUUUGUCUAGAGUGGAGAAUUUCUAUGGACAUAUAUUUGAACGAUGGAAGGAGUAUCGGACAGUUUUAUUAUUCAUUUAUUGUUUCCAUUAAAAUGUAAUAAUUAUUAGAAUAUUUACCCAUAUAUUUUAACCGCAUGGUACUUCAUUUGUAAUCGUAAAAGUAUGUUAAUGAAUUGCAUGAGCUUUCACUAUUUAUGUAUGUGAAUAAGUGGAGCCGUCGUGGCCACGUCGUACCAAGUGAUUCUGUUCCCCGUAUAUGGUACACAGAGAAUUUAAUGAACGUCCGAUUUCGAUAUGGAAUACAUUUUUAUCGUAUUCUCUUAUCUACUACGCAAUGAAGAACUUCUGCCGUCGCAUACUACUUUAUCAAGAGCGUAAAUAACUGCCACUAGCAUAUAUAUACGUUUGUAAUAUACAUAAAUGUAAUACAAAUUCAUCGUAAGUGACGAUCGUUUGAUGUUGACAAAUGUUUAUUUUUACAAUAAUAAAUCGUAGAAGUGCUACAUUUGAAUUUGUUUAGGUUGUAAGACAUUCGUCUGUGUAAUAUGUUUAGUCUUACUCCGGUUUUUGAUUCUCAUCUACAAGGCGUUUGUUAUACCAACAAGGGAAUGGAUGUGUUGUGCAUGCAUUUCGCUUGUGUGAACAUCAAACUGACAGUAGUUGCGGCCGGAAAACCGGACAUAAAAGACGUAUUUGUGACAUUGAGACGGGCGGUUCGAAUGUAAAAAAGAAAAAGAAAUUCUUGUCUAUGGUACUCAAAAGUUGGGGGUGUUAUUUUUGUGAUAUAUUUUUUCUACAAUAAUACCUACAUAGGAGAAUUCUCUAUUAUCUACGUACACAAGAUCUCAAAUUUAAAUACUUAAUAUCAAAGAUAAUAUACAAAGAUUGAGCGCACCCCUUCGUUGACAAGUAACGAAUGAAUUUUCGUGUACGACAUUACGUGUGACGAAGCAGAUACGUCUUUUUUUUUAAUACUAUAUUCUGUGUAAUAUGAUAAGGUUAAUCGAUAAAACGCAUUGCAAGUUCACUUGUCUGUUUAAUGUAAUCGUAUUAACUGUUAUCAUAGGGUUAAAAUGUUAAGAAUUACUGAUGCACAAUGUUCAAUGAAAAUUAUCAAAGAACCUCGACACGAAUUAAAAUAAAAAAAAAAACCGCUCUAUAGAAUAAACCUAAUCAAUGUAAAACAGUUUUUUUUUUUAAUGUUUAUGGUACAUGACUCUUCUAAUCUCCAACAAAUUACGUGCAAAUAGAAUUGUUAUGUUUUAAUAUGUAUUUAUACUGACGAGCGUUUACGGUAAUCGACGGUAACCGCAAAUAUGUCAUUUGCUAACGACAAUUUGUCGUUAUCGAGUGUCGACAACGAACCGCCUCAUGCCGCCGGCGUUUAUCGACAGCAGCGUAAACGCUCGUUUGCAAAAACACUAAAAUCGUCAUAGUCGUAGAAUACUGACGGAUCUAUAUAUGUAAUAUUUGUCAGAUCCGUCAGUAUUCUACGACUAUGACGAAAUAAUGGCGGUUCCAAACAUGUCUGAUCUUUGUAUAAAAUAUGCUAUAUGUGCUGUAAUGGAAGGUCAUAUGCAAAUAUAUAUAUAUAUAUAUAUAUAUAUAUAUAUAUAUAUAUAUAUAUAUAUAUAUAUAUAUAUAUAUAUAUAUAUAUAUAUAUAUAUAUAUAUAUAUAUAUGUAAUACAAAUUAAAUAUUUCGUAAUAUUUCGAAUACUGUAUCAUUUUAUAUCAAAGAGUACACAUAUAGAUGGGAGGUCUUUCGUUAAAAUUGAUGUGAAAUAUUUCCAUAAACAUUUGUAGGAACAUGUAUAUUAGUUUGUACAUGUCUAUAUAGAUAGGUGUCUGGACCGCAUUAAUAUAAUUACGUCAAUGAGUUUAGUGUGGUACUCGUCUCGGACGCAUUACGAACGAUUGAGAAAUAUUCAUUUUCAUCAUGAACAUUAUGCAACAUAAUAAUCAAUACUUAUUGAGAUUGUCACAGUAGUUUAGAUUUAACACUCUUAGACCUACGAUUUAUCUUGAUCUUUGAUGCCGUUCGACUUGACACAAAUGUUAUACAAAAUAAAAUAUCUUGAUAAUAAUGUGAGAUGAAAUAUUUAAAAAAAAAAAUAGCUAGAUUUCUGUGAGGCAUAAUUAAAGUAUUUUUCUACUUGAUCGUUUAGGGAUGCUGUUAGAUAUUUUUGGACCAUUGUUAAGAUAAAACUAUGAUCAGUAUUCACGGGAUGAGCAUAAAGAAUAAAAUGUUAGUUUUCUUGGAUGUCGGUUUGCGACUGUUGUUGAGAUUAGACAGAAAAACGCUUCUCUAGCUCUAUAAUAUGCACCGUACACUUACAACUGUAACUCCCUGUUGUUUCUGCGGCGAUGGACUUCUAUUGAUUAUUUGUAUCUAUCUUAACAUUCCAUUUUCAAAUUUCAUGCAAAUUGUAAUUUUAAAAAGAAGAAAAUUAUAUUUUUUUUAAUUUAUUUUUUUCUAAAUAUACAUUCAUUGUUCAGCGCCAUCUCGUGGAAACAUCAGGACAGACAUGGUCUUGGAGUGUUAACUGACGACCAAGAUGACAGCAUAUAUAUGUAUAUGAAUGGUGCAUUUCAGUACAUGUACUUUUCGCAUAUUUUAAAAUAUAAGGUAUCCCGUUAGGUGUUUACCAAGAAACCGCUUAAUAUUUUUGUAUUUUCCUAGUAUAUAACGAAGCAUUAUAAAUUCGUGGUGUCUUCUAACGAUUGUGUAUGCAUUAUGCUAUAGAUGAGUAUUUCAUAAACAUUUGGUUGAAAUAAUAAGUGCGUAAUAAAACACUUUUCGUAUUAAAAA